AAGGCUGGCUAGCGUUUAUUUUGGCUCUGCUUCUCUUUGGUGUUGCUAUCGUCGCCAUUAAAGUWGACAGAGGCAGCGCAAACCAUGGAGAAAUGCGGAUUUAUUUCAUAAUUUCAGAUCUUCGGAAGGCUCGUAAAUGGCUAUCCUUUUUCUGCCAGAAGUUUUUGUGUCCGUAAAGGUAAACAUGUGACCAAGCGAAGGAUUCUAAACAUUUCGGAUUGGGAAAGGUUUGAUUGAGCCGGAGGAGGAGGUGGGGUGGCACAGGGGAGGGGGUGGCUGGACUAGAAGGGUUUGUUGUGGUUUUCCGCAGCACUUGAGACGAACAGUCACGAAACGCAGGAAACAAAGCUGCCCACAAUGACUGAACCAAAGGUGAAGUGGGCCUGUGACUACUGCACCUAUGAGAACUGGCCRUCUGCAAUCAAGUGUACAAUGUGCUGUGCACCGAGGCUGACGGGUCCCAUCAUUACAGAGGAGCCUUAUAAAAACAGCCCUGAUCCAGAUCCCAGUCUAAAAUGGGAUCCUUCAAGAACUGAGAAUGGAAGCAGUCUUCUUAUCUGUACUGACUCCAGUGCCAGACCCAGAGUCAGGUCCUCCAGCAUGGCCGAGAUUGCUAAUAAGUGGUCUUGUCAGAUGUGCACCUAUCUCAACUGGCCUCGUGCCAUUCGUUGCACGCAGUGUCUGUGCCAGCGCCCCAGGACCAGCAGCCCCACAGAGUCCCCUCAGACUUCAGGCUGCCGUCCUGCUGUCCACUCCCCCGUGGACACGUGUGAGGAGUACAAUGACAGAAACAGACUCAACACACACCAGCAGCACUGGACUUGUACAGCGUGCACUUACCAGAACUUGCCCAGAACUACAAAGUGUGUCGCGUGUGACCUCCCCAAGCCCAACAACCAGGAGCCCAUAGAGCUGCCGGAGUCUGCCGAGUCCUCUCUCCUGAUCAUUGAGCAGGAUGUGGCUCGUUGGAGGGGCGGCUGCAGUGGAAGCCAGAGCCAGAGGAGAUCCCCUCCGAUGGCUAAGAGGGAAGACCACGUCAAGAUGGAUUUCCAGAGGAUAGAGCUGGCAGCUGGAGCCAUGAGCAAAGAGGAACAAGAAGUCGACUUCAAGAAGCUGAAGCAGAUUAGAAACCGAAUGAGGAAAACAGACUGGCUGUUUCUCAGUGCCUGUGCUGGUGUUGUUGAAGGAGAUCUGGCAGCUGUUGAAGCCUACAAAUCAUCUGGUGGUGACAUCGCCCGGCAGCUCACGGCUGACGAGGUUCAGCUCCUCAACCGGUCCUCUGCGUUUGACGUCGGCUUCACCCUGGUCCAUUUGGCUAUUCGCUUCCAGAGACAGGACAUGCUGGCUAUCCUGUUGACGGAGGUGAACCAGCAAGCAGCAAAGUGUAUCCCCUCCAUGGUCUGUCCUGAGCUGACGGAGCAGAUCCGCAGGGAGAUCGCAGCGUCACUACAUCAACGCAAAGGAGACUUUGCUUGUUACUUCCUCCCAGAUUUGGUCACUUUCACUCUGCCUGCAGAUAUUGAGGAUUUGCCGCCUGCUGUCCAAGAAAAACUGUUUGAUGACGUGCUGGAUCGAGACGUGCAGAAAGAACUAGAAGAGGAGUCUCCUGUUAUAAACUGGUCCCUGGAGCUGGGCACGCGCCUGGACAGUCGUCUCUACGCCCUGUGGAACCGCACAGCUGGAGACUGUCUGCUGGACUCGGUCCUGCAGGCCACCUGGGGAAUCUACGACAAGGACUCUGUCCUCCGCAAAACCCUCCACGACAGCCUACACGACUGCUCCCACUGCCGGGGGCCAGCCUGGAGCAGACCCACAUUUUUGUUCUUGCACAUAUUCUUCGAAGACCCAUCAUAGUCUACGGAGUGAAGUACUACAAAAGUUUCCGUGGGGAACCUUUAGGAUACACUCGUUUUCAAGGUGUGUACCUGCCUCUGUUAUGGGAGCAGAGUUUCUGCUGGAAGAGCCCCAUCGCCCUGGGCUACACGCGGGGCCACUUUUCCGCCCUGGUGGCCAUGGAGAACGACGGCUACGACAAUCGUGGUGCGGGCGCCAACCUCAAUACAGACGAUGAUGUCACAGUUACGUUCCUGCCCUUGGUCGACAGCGAGAGGAAGCUGCUGCACAUUCACUUUCUCUCUGCUCAACAAAUGGGGAACGAGGAGCAGCAGGAGAAGCUGYUGCGGGAGUGGCUGGACUGCUGCGUGACGGAAGGCGGCGUCCUGGUCGCCAUGCAGAAGAGCUGCCGCCGCCGGAACCACCCCCUGGUCACCCAGAUGGUGGAGAAGUGGCUGGACCGAUACCGCCAGCUCCGCCCCUGUGCCUCUCUGUCCGACGGCGAGGAGGAGGAGGACGACGACGAGUGAGCGAGGGCAAGUAGAGAAGUGAGAGAGCUCGCAGGACUUAAGAAAUCUGGACAUUGUAGGCUCAGAGCGAGGGGUCUUUGCUACUUUAGGUUUUUGUUUCUCCCCCCUUUUUAAAAGCUGUAAAUCCUUAACUUGUAACAAUGCAUGUGAUCUGUGAGCGCCGUGGUAGAGAACAUACCAGCACUAUGAAACUGAAUCCUCAUUACUUCUCCCAUGACAGCUUAUAAAGUCCUCGUUUGCCACCCUAUACUCAAAUUACUCCUCAUUUAUCUUACUUGAAGAAAAUACUAGAAGAUAUGCAGUAUUUAAGGAUUCACCGAGCUGCAGUAGAUCAGACUCGCCUGAGAAGAUGCUAACUCUGUAUGUGUGUGUGUGUGUGUGUGUGUGUGUGUGUAUGUAAAGUGUGUGUUGAGUUAAAUAACCAGAGUUUCCCCGAUUGCUAAUCAUUUCUGCAAAACCUGUUUGAUGCUGGAUUUAUUUAUUUCUUCAAGUGCAUACACACACAAAGAGACCCCCUUCUUGGUUUCUUUUUCUCUUUUCUGUUUUUUAAAAAUCAGUUUUGUUGGAUUCACUUAGUCUUGAAGUAUUUUUAUUUUGCACACAUAAAACCUACAAUUUGUCCAUGGCAGGGGAAGAAACACUGAAGUUUACUGACAUUUUUAUGUGACCUGGUAGCUCAUGUUUGUGUUCAGAGUGACGCUGGUGGGGGAAGAAGACGACGACGACGAAGAGAAGAAUAAAAAAAAGAGAGAAAACCAAACACUCUGCCUCUUCUAUGGAGAGCAUUAAUAUUAAAUUUAACUCACUUGCAUCAACCGAA